GGUGUGUUAACGCUGCGCACAUCACGUGACUGCUGUUCGGACCCUUGAAUCGAUCACUGUUUCCAUUGCAUGUGACCAAGUGCGUCUGUCACUGCAGCUGAACUUCGCGGUCAGAUUACAGACGAUCAUGCCUCAGCGGUAUAUGUCUGCCAGCAAACCUAGCCCAAAAUUAGGGAAAGAUAAGAACUCGGUGAAAAUCCGCAGAACGCGUCGCCGACAGACUACAUUAAAACCUUUACCGGAAGUAUGCGAGAAAGUCCCUCAGACUCCCUUGUACAUAUUUAAUCCUGAAGACGGUUGUCGUAACUGCUGUCCCAUCCGGCGUAGAGCAUUAACUGAAAGAUUGCUUAAAUGCAUGAACGUAAAGGAGACAACAUCAGUGCACUCGAAUACAUCUUUAUUGACUGGUUGGCCUUCUGAUAUGAUCAAGUUUACCCUCUGUUUGCCAUGCAAACAGGUUGUAUCAGCAUCAAAUAAGAAGACAAGAAGAGACAAGAGGAACAACAGAGAUAGCUACACAGGGAAUAAUUACAAGUUUAUGACAACUUUCAAGCAUUUAGACAACCCAGAUGACUACAUCGUUCAAUAUCGAUUAUCCAAAUUUCCAAAACCUUCCAAUAAUCCGGGUCUAACACCAGUAACUCCAAUCACAAACCUUUGUAGAAAUGCCAAAGUCAGCAUUAAGAACAAUCCAACUGCUUCUCGAUUCCAGUGGUUGAAAGGUGUUUCAAAAACUGUACAGUCCAGAUUGGCGGCGGGUAACCGCGAAACCGGACUCACUCAGGAAGGCCUGCGACGUUCCAAUCAGGUGAUGACUGGAAAACGGAAAUCAUUUGAAAACUUGAUGUCUCCUGAUAUGCAGCGAAUGGCGGCAUCAGUAGCCGAUCACAUCAAGGGAAUUGGAAUCAUCCUGAGUUCCUCUUUUAUGGAAAAUCGACGCACAAUAACGAUCCAAGAUCGUUUUAAAUCUGUCGAAAGCGAAAACAUUCAGUUAAAUAAUGGACAUACACCUGAAUGCGGCGACACUUUGUGGAUUGUCAGUGGCACUUCAGUUAAUAAAUGAUCCUAUGUUG